AAUGAGCAGAAUGAGUGGUGGACGGAUACCCAGGGACACCAUACUAGCCAAUGAUCAUAUCGUGAGUGGUAGGAUUAAAGGGGGAGCAGGGGCUUCCUUAGUCAACUAAGUGAUAAUAUAGUAGAUUUCCAUUAACCCGGUAAUCUUUGCCGACCACGGGUCUUUGGAGCAUAUGAACUACCAGCUACAUGCCCCUCAAACAGGCAGCUUCGUUAUCCCAGAGACAGCCUGUUAUUGUUCUGGUCCUCGUUCUGGUCCUCCAGCCUUUCUCCACAGCCCACCUGACCGAUAUUAGGCUCUCAGCGAAAGGGCUAGUGGCCAGAAUGACAGCACUCAGGAAAGAGAUCACCAUUCUGGACCCUUGGCAAGAAAGAGGAUCAGCUAUUGGGAGAAUAGUCGUACUUGCAGACCUCUGUUGCCGCCAACGCGAGUUGAAUGAUAAUCGAACGCCUGGGCCGUCCACCACCAUCCGAUAAGAUCAUUAAUUGGCCGGUAAUAUGCAAAGCAACU